AUGUUUGAUACGAGAGCGACUUAUUCUUUCAUAUCUAGUUCUGUGAUAGACAGGUUGGGUUUGACUCUUAUGCAUCUUGCUAGAUCUUUGCGUGCUACAUCGCCUCGCGGUGUUUCUCUUGAGCUUAGUAUGAUUUGUGAUGCAUGCCCUAUUAUGAUUUGUGGUAGAGAGUUCUCUGCAGUCUUGAUUGUGAUUCCGGACCACACGUACGAUGUGAUUUUGGGUGUAGAUUGGCUGAGGCCAAAUCAUGCUAUGAUUGAUUGUUUUGAGUUGAUAGUAUCUUUCCAAAUCCCUGGACAGCCGGUGUUUCGUUAUAGGUGUCUGAGGUCGGAUACUGCUAUGAGGGCAGGAGUCUUGGCAGAUAUAGAGUCUGUGAGCAGUGCUAGAGUUAUUGCAGAGAUUUCAAUUGUUUCUAAGUAUAUUGAUGUGUUCCAGGAGAUACCGGGGUUACCUCCAAGGAGGAUAGUGGAGUUUGCUAUCGAUCUGAUACCAGUUACUGCCUGUAUCAAAAGCACCUUAUCUGAUGACACCAGCUGA